AUGUCCUUGUUUCGUGGCAUCUCUUCAGCGGACUGGCUGGCGUUUGUCCAGACGGCACUUGUCGCAGCUGUCGUGAUGACCCUAGGGCUUUUGGCAGGACGUACGGGUGCAUUUGAUAAGGCAGCCACACGCAAGGUGCUUCACAUCGGGAUGGGUGGUACUUACGUUCUGUACUGGCCGCUGUACAGCAACGCGCCGUACUCGCGCUACCUCUGCGCGACUGUGCCUUACGCGGCCACCCUCGUCUUUGCCCUUGUGGGGCUUGGCGUCAUUCCUUUUGAACCUCUGGUGCGAGCUACUGCGCGCGGCGGCACGCGCCAGGAGUUGCUGACGGGGCCGCUGCUGUACGGCAUUAUACACGUGCUGGCAACGGUGGUGUUUUGGACGAGCUCGCCGUCGGGCCUGGCAGCUUUGACGAUCCUGUGUUUUGGCGACGGCGCGGCGGAGCUUGCGGGUAGACGAUGGGGGCGAAGGACGUUGUGGCAUAACCCUAGAAAGACAUGGAUUGGCUCCGCCGCCUGUUUCCUCGCUGGCGCCAUUUGCGCCACCGCCUACACGUGCAUGUACGGCAGCCUGGGGCUGUACGACAGGUCUGUGGCCGUCACUGAGCUGGCGGCUGGGUGCACGUUGAGCGCUCUGGUGGCGACUCUGGCCGAGUCGUUACCAGUCGAGGGGGACAACCUCUUAAUGUCCCUUGCGGCGGUCGUCACGGCGGUAUGGUUUUUCGGGUUUUAG